UUUGAGGGUGAACGGGUGCAGUCAUUCACACAACCCAGCUCAGUAAUCUGGAUCGUCCACCGGGCUGCACCAGAGGGUUUGUAAUCGGCAGUGAGCGCAGUCUGCAGCAAAAUUCAGGGAAAAUAACUCGCACCCCGCCCAUCUCCAUUCCUCUCUCUGGCCCUUCCUCAAGGGACAGCACUCUGUCGGUCUUCACCCUCCCGACCAGGGUUCAACUCCCUCCCCCUGCUAAAGUUGUGUUCCUUCUUCAAUAUAUGAAUAUAUCGUUUUGUCCCUGUAAAAAUAUCGAAAGGAUAAAGUUUAAAGUAAUCAUUGCUGCAGUGAAAUCCAACGGGAACUCCAGUGAGACUGGGAACGGUUUGAAACAGGAAGUGCUGAGAUUGAUCAUGGCUUCCAGACAGCAGCUCCUGAGACUGACCGAGGAGGCAGUUUGUGCCAUUUGUCUGGAUUUCUUCACCGAUCCGGUUAUACUGGAAUGUGGACACAACUUCUGCCGCUCCUGUAUCACCCAGAGUUGGGAAAAGAAGGAGAUAAACUCCUGUCCGGAAUGUAGAGAGGAGUUUCCGGAAAGAAACCUCAGGGUAAAUCGGGCCUUAGCGAAUCUGGCCGAGAAAGCUCGAAAAUUAAAGCUGGGUCCGAAAGAGAAGGAAAGUAAACCUCACUGUGAGGUACAUCAGGAAGAUCUGAAACUGUUUUGUGAAACUGACAAGAAAUUGAUCUGUGUGAUUUGUCGAGAUUCCCGGGAACACAAAACUCACAACUUCCUGCCGAUAAAUGAAGCUGUUGAAAUCCACAAGAAUAAGCUGAAAUCUUCCUUAGAUUCUCUCACAGAGAAGAAAUCGGCGGCUCUCCAAACGGAACUGACCCAGAAACGGAAGAUUUCCGAAGUGAGGGUACAGGCGAGCAGUCUGCAGACCCACAUCACAUCCGAGUUCACUAAAAUGCACCAGAUUCUCACUGAGAAAGAGCAGCGUUUACUCAGAGAUCUCAGGGAAGAAGAGGAGAGGAUUGUAGAACCAAUGGAGAAAAACCUUCGAGAGAUUCAGGAGAAUUUAAAUUCUAUCGAGGAGGAACUCUCAAAGUUGCAGAAACAGAUGGAGCAGAAAGAUGAGCUGAUAUUUCUGAAGGAGGAAGCUUGUCAGAAGAGAAGGAUUAAUGAUGACGAGGAGAAACUCUCAGCUGCUGAUGGCUCUCUGUCUCGAGCACAGUUUACCAGCCCUUUACAGUACACAGUCUGGAGAGAAAUGAUACACACCAUUCAUCCAGCUCCAGCCUCUCUGACUCUGGAUCCGAACACAGCGCAUCCCCGGCUCAUCCUGUCUGAGGACCGGACCAGUGUGAGACUCGGAGACACAGAGCAGCCGCUCCCUGACUCCCCGGAGAGAUUUGAUUCCUGUCUCUGUGUCCUGGGAUCAGAGGGAUUCACAUCAGGGAGACAUUACUGGGAGGUGGAGGUGGGGGAGAAGACCUGGUGGAGUCUGGGAGUGGCCCGAGUGUCUGUGGAGAGGAAAGGGUGGACCAUGCCGAGCCCAGAGACUGGAUUCUGGAUUGUGAGGCUGUUACCCAACGAUGGUUAUUUUGCCUCCACUUCAUCCUCUCUGACUCCCCUCUCCCCGAGUGUGAAUCCCCGGAAGAUCGGGGUUUGCCUGGACUAUGAGGGUAGACAGGUGUCAUUUUACAAUGCGGACACCAUGUCCCAUCUCCACACUUUCACCCACACUUUCACUGAGAGGCUCUUUCCCAUCUUCAAUCCGGGAUGGAAUGACGACGGGAAAAACUCCGCCCCGCUGACAAUCUGCGGGAUUAAAGGGCACUGACAGAUCCAUCCCAUAAUUUCACCCCGUCCCCCUGCCUCCUGCCAGCUGUAAACUGAUGGGGGUCGGUCUCAGUCUGGGGGAAAGAAGGAGGGGGAGAAAAGAAACAAAUAGAAGCUCAAUUGUAGAGAGGGACUGACUGGGUAGAAUGAGCUGUGAGCUGCAGGAACCCGGGGACCUUCCUGCCUGUAAUGUUGCUCCACAGGCGGGAGGUGGCGCUACAUGACGGUGUUGGAGAUGAAUCAGUCAGUGGGUCUCAGACUGGGCUCAGGGGAGUCUUUCCAGGGGGGGACACCAAAUCAUUUCACUGCAGGGUCAGUGGGUUCUUUCAAGGGGGACUGGGCUGUAUCAAAAUAAAAUGACAGACUGGUCUUCUUUAGACUUUCACCAAUGCAUAUCCCACACAUGAUUUGAUAACAUUGAGAAACUGGUCUUGUUGUGCUCAGGUCUGUAAAUAUUGCCAAUGAUGUUACUGCUCUUUCAUAAAAUUGAACAAUUUGAAAACCUCAGAUUUGAAAGUGAUGGGUGAACCGAUCAUUUAUGUCAUGAUCAGAUAAUCGUCUGGAAUCUCACUGAAGAUGUUACCUCGUAUGGUUUCCAAACUUCUGAAAAUGAACCUUCUAGUUCACCGAGCAAACCUACAUCCAAUAUCUAACCACGUUUAAAACCCUUCAGUUGGUGCACACUGGAAUGUAGAUGUAGUCACAAUUGUCACUUAUCCCUGAGUUAUUGCUCUCUCAUCAUUAUCUGCAGUGAAAUAAUCCUUAAGUCACCCCAACGAAAAUAUCUUUGAUAAAAAUCAUACAGCACUC